AUGGAGAGAGCCAAGCCCACGACGGCCUUUAUGCCGUCAAUCUCCGAUCUGGGAGAGAGGCUUAAGGCAGUUCCACUGUUGCCUGCGACAGCGCCCUCCACAGUGCCGGGCACACUGCUCCGCGAUCAGGCUUUCGCAGGACCAUGCUCUGGUGUGCAUUUCACCCAGGCUUCGUUCUGGAGCGGGGACAACAGCCCACAGGCACAGCCGAACCAGUUUCGCACCGAUGGCCAGGCCGUACUGACGCCCAUCGGUCAGAGCUUUGGCAACCAGGACAACCAAGCCAUGUCCCCAACCUGGCAGCCGCACAAGGUUUACCUGCCGCAGGGCCUCACUUCCGCCUUCCUUGUAGUCGGUGAGGCCCAUCAGGACAUGGUGCCGAGCCCAAACUCUCAGAGUUCGCCAAUCCACGUGCAGGCCAUCCCAAUGCCCGUGGGAACGCCCAUGCAGCGAGACUGCCAGGCAGUACCUUUAGCUCCGGGAGCAGCGCUUCAGCAGCCUGUUCAGAGGAAUGGCCAGGCGUAUCCUAUGACUGCGAUGGGAGCGCCAGCUAUGCCGAUGAGGGACUGCCAGGCAUUUCCUAUGCAAGGCAACUCGCUGGCAAAUCCAAUGCUGCAAGAGGGGCAGACCUUCGUCGUGGCCCAUACUGGGCCCAACGCAGCGCCUCUGCAGCGGGAGUGGCAGGCUUAUCCCAUGCCUGGGCCAUGCCCAGCACAGAAAGACAACAAGGUGUUUGCGCAGAUGCAAUCACAAUCGCUCGGGCCAGUUGGGCAGAUGCCCUUGGAGGGCCAGGUGACUGCUCCCUUGCCACCUGGUGUGCCUAGCGAAGGUAGCAUCGGACACCCGGAGCUUUGCAGGAGGCCAUGCUUCUACUUUGCAAAGGGCACCUGUACGAACGGGCUGGAAUGUGGUUACUGCCAUGCGCAGCACGGUGAGAAGGCACCCAAGCUGGACAAGCGGCAGCGCUUGGUCCUGCAGUCGCUCCCGGAGAACAUGCUGCUGGAGAUGUUGGUCAGCCGCGUGCAGGAGAAAGCUGAAGAGAAGCGAAUGACGGCGGCCAUGACCGACAUCAUGGAUCUCUGGCACAAGCGUCUUGAAUACUUGUCCGUGAACCCGCCAGUGGUGUCUCCUGAGGAUGCCGAGAACCUGGCCGAGAGGUACGUGCGGAACCUGGAUAAGAUCCUUCGGAGGAUGAACAUCUCUGAGCUGAUUGCCCUGGCAAUCCGCAGUGCAAAGGAGGAACAAGCGUAUGUCAGCGAUCUGCGUGAGGCCUUGUCCCGCUUGCGGACGAAGGUUCCACCAAACCUUUGA